GGAAAGAACUCAGACCACAACAGGUGGAAAGACAUGACAUGAAUACCCUGAGUUUGCCUGUUAAUAUUCGUCGUGGGGGUUCAGACACCAACCUCAACUUUGAUGUACCUGAUGGGGUCUUAGAAUUUCACAAAGUCAAACUAAGUGCAGAUAGCUUGAAACAAAAAAUCCUGAAAGUUACCGAGCAGAUUAAAAUUGAACAAACAGGCCGUGAUGGAAAUGUGGCUGAAUAUUUAAAAUUGGUGAACAGUGCAGACAAGCAACAAGCUGGACGUAUUAAACAAGUCUUUGAGAAAAAGAACCAGAAGUCUGCCCACUCCAUUGCCCAGCUCCAGAAGAAAUUGGAACAGUAUCACAAAAAGCUCAAAGACAUUGAACAAAAUGGAUCCUCCAAGAGUACCAAGGAUAUUUCCAAAGACAGUCUGAAAGAUAUACAGCACUCGUUAAAAGAUGUCCACGGCAAAUCUCGUACUACCGGUCAUGGAGCUGAGGGCAGCAAAUCAGGUGUGCCAGGGGUGUCCCUGACGCCUCCAGUGUUUGUUUUUAACAAAUCUAGAGAGUUUGCAAACUUGAUCAGAAAUAAAUUUGGUAGUGCUGAUAAUAUUGCCCACCUCAAAAGCACCUUGGAUGAAUUUCGGCCAGAAACUAGUUCUAGGGCCUAUGGUGGUAGUGCCACUAUUGUGCCUAAAACUAAAUAUAUUAGCGAUGAUGAAUGCUCGAGUGGGACAUCUGGCUCUGCAGAUAGCAAUGGGAACCCUUCCUUUGGGCCUGGUGGAUCAGGCACUCUGGGCAACCAAGGAAAGCUUUCUAUGAUCUUGGAGGAACUGAGAGAAAUAAAGGAGACGCAAUCCCAAUUAGCUGAAGAUAUAGAGAACUUAAAAACACAGUUUAAAAGAGACUAUGGUUUUAUCUCUCAGACGCUGCAAGAGGAAAGAUACAGGUAUGAACGAUUGGAAGACCAGCUAAAUGAUCUGACUGACCUCCAUCAGCAUGAAACAGCAAACUUGAAACAAGAGCUAGCUAGCAUAGAAGAGAAGGUGGCUUAUCAGGCCUAUGAGCGGUCACGAGAUGUUCAGGAAGCCUUGGAAUCAUGCCAGACCCGGGUUUCUAAGCUGGAACUCCAUCAGCAAGAACAGCAAGCACUGCAGUCGGAGACUGUUAAUGCCAAAGUACUCCUGGGAAAAUGUAUAAAUGUAAUCCUGGCCUUCAUGGCAGUCAUAUUAGUGUGCGUCUCAACUAUUGCAAAGUUCAUAGCGCCUAUGAUGAAGAGCCGUUUCCAUAUUGUUUGCACUUUCUUUGCAGUGACUCUACUUGCAAUAUUUUGUAAAAACUGGGAUCACAUUAUCUGUGCCAUAGAAAGGAUGAUCAUACCAAGAUGAAUCUGUUAGCCUGGAUGUUCUAUUUUAAAAAAAAAAUGCUGUAUGCAUACAAGUUACCAACUUUUUUUUUUUAACUUCUCAGUUUAAAUGUGAUGACUGGAUGAAGGCUUUGAAGAAGAGACCCUAGGGUGUAAAUAUUCUGUGGCAAUCAGUUGCCUGUUCAGUCCUACUGUGUGUAGUUGGACAAACUGAUUAUGAACUACUCUCUCUCAUAAGUCAUUUGCCUUAAAUCUGACCAGUUUCCCCACUUUGCAAAUCGGCAUAUGUCUAAGGUGCAGUGCUCUUAGGUCAGAGCAACCUAAGGUGUAAUGUGUCUUAUUGACUGGCUGGAGGGGAAGCAGUAGUUUGGGAGGGAUAGCUCAGUAUAGCCAGUACAAACUUGCCUCAUCCCCGUUAGAUAGAUUCAAUUGUCUAACUUCCCUUGUGAAUUUUGCUGGAAUGCACCCUGUAUUAUAUGGCAUUUGGAAAUACUAUAAAGUGUGGCUGGUAUUUCCUGAUGCUCACUGAUUAAAAAUCUGUGAAUUAGAAACUGGGAGGUGGUUUUAUUACUUGUUAGCACUAUGGCGUGAUGUUCCUGACACUGGGUAACUUUACGCAGAAGGUUCAUUCUUAAAAUGUUACACUUGCCCAACACUUUUUUUACAAUUGGUGCAUCAUGUCACAUUUAACAAUAAAACUGCUGGUGAUGGUGCCAUGUUGAAUUAAAUCUCUCUUGUGUUCAUUUUGAACAUUGCAGCCUACAGAGAGAAGGUGCAUACAGAAAGGCAGUUGUAUAACCUUUGGUUGGCACUUAGUUGAUAGGUUCUCUGGAGGAUUAUAAAAUAGAUAACACUGGGCCUCUAACUGGAGUGAGGAAAUAGUUGGAGGAAAUGGAAUGAUGUGGGGGUUUUUCCAGGCUGGAAUAAGGAAUAUGGAGGAACCUCAGGAACAGGGAAGCAUUUGGGAGUAGAUUAAAUUUUCUUAUACAGUAGAGUUGCUGUGCAAUCUCUGUUUUAAGAAACAUUCUCAGAAGCUACGUGUUGGGCAACAUGCAUUAUGAGGCAGGUUGUUUAAAUGAAUUACUCUUGUUUGAUCUAGAAGUUACAUAAAGUUGUUUUCCUUGAAAUCUUCCUGUUGCCUGGAUAACCAGACAUGAUGUGUAACGCAAGAUAUGAAAUUAAAAAAAAAAUCUCCUCCAUACACGUAAGCUCAGAAA